AUGAGGACAGAUAUUUUGAAUUAUCAUUCUUUGGCACUUAGCAAUGACACCAUCGCAAUCCGAGAUAAAGUAGAUGAAAAAUUGGUUCAUGUCUUUGAUGCAUCUACUGGUAAAGCUUUAGGUGAUGGCAAACCUAUUGCACACAAAUUUGAUGUGAUGGAGAUUGGUUUGGAUCAGUAUGGACCAGCAUCAGAACGAAGACUAUCCAUAGUGGAUAAGAAUAGAGACCUUCAUCUAACGUCAGUGAGAACUGUUGGCAAAACACAACAGAUUAUAAAACUAGGUACCAUGAUAAGCAGUCUUAGUUGGAAUGAUACAACUAAUAUACUGUCAGCCCUUCAGGAUGGUAAAUUGAGUGUUUGGUACUACCCUAAUGCUGUUUAUGUUGAUAAAGAAUUGCUGUCUAAAACAAUACUUGAAAAAGAUACCAGUGAAUUUGGGAAGAAUCCUAAUUUGGUUAGUUUCCUUGGUAAUCAUUUAACUAUACGUCGAGCUGAUGGUUCUUUAGUCAGUACUGGAAUUAUUCCCUAUCCUGCCAUGUUACAUGAAUUGGUCUAUGGCAAUAGAUGGGAAGACGCAGUAAGACUUUGUAGAUUUGUCAAGGACCCAGCUAUGUGGGGAUGUCUAGCAGCUAUGGCUGCUUAUGCCAAGGAAUUGAAUACUGCUGAAAUAGCAUAUGCAGCCAUUGAUGAGGCAGACAAAGUUGAGUUUAUUAUUCAUAUCAAAGAAAUUCCAUCUAAGGAGGCCCGUAGUGCUGAGAUGGCCUUGUUUUGUGGUAACUCUCAAGAUGCGGAAGGUAUUCUAUUACAAGGAGGACUUAUAUUCAGAGCAAUUAUGAUGAAUAUAGAGCUCUAUAAUUGGGACAGGGCAUUGGAGUUAGCAGUGAAACACAAAACACAUGUUGAUACAGUGUUAGCAUACAGACAGAAAUUUUUGGAUGACUUUGAUAAGAAGGAAACCAACAAGAGAUUCUUGCAAUAUGCUGAAGGGGUGGAAGUUAACUGGGAAAAGAUUGAAGCUAAGAUAGAAAAUGAAUAUCAGAAAGAACGAGAUAAGCCUGACAAAUACAGGAAGUAGAGUCGCAACACAUAAAAAAAUUGUGUUUAGAUGUACAUUAUACUUAUAAUUUAAAUGAUAAAUAUGUUCAUUACCAGGAAUUGAAACUUGUACAAAUGUCAUGAAGUUGCAGUUUAUCUGCUUUCCUAAAUACUGCUGUAUAUACUGUUCUGGAUAACUAGUUAAAUUGAAAUUUUUGGUUGCAUAUACAAUAAACUGUGUUUCAUAAAAUAAUGACCUACACACAUGUACAAG